GAGACAGAUCCACAUCUCAGAAUUUAGAUAAAGUUGAUUUUCUCCUUAUUUGUCCUUCUGAAAAUAGCCAUUUUUGGCUAUGUGUAACUUUCAAAGGAAGAAAAUUCAGAAAAUUCACGCUUUGUAUCAGACAGCAGCGGACAUCACGCGUUGUUUGCCAUCAGUUAACGUCAGAAGAAGAAGAAGCGGGAAAACAGUAGGUGGCGUAACAUUUUAACGUUGUCUGCGCCAACCUUAAAUUAAAACGAAGAAGAAAAAGAAAGAAAAGAAGAAAGAAAAGAAGAAGCGGGAAAGUUUUUGGAAACGACGACCGCAACGCCUGCGACAUGAGACUUGGGGAGGUAAGUAUCCUAAUAUUGUUUAGUUGUUCAACCAUGUAAUGUUGUGAAGUGAAAAUAUUUAACUGUUGUGACAACGGCGUGGUCCUUCGGGAGGUUGCGGUAACGCUAAUGGCGUCUGCCCAUCAAGUAAUGUUAGUAUAAUGACCUUCACAAUUAGAUUCGACAGUGCAUAUUAAUUUGGGGGGCUUGACUUUAAAAUGUUUUAUAAUACUGUUGUAGGUAAAGUAACAAUCGACAAAGAAGGUCAGGGCUGCAUUUUAUUGGUAUGGCUGGCUAGUUGUAAUAAAUAAGAGAUGACAUCCAAAAGUGUUCAAUGAUUAACCAAUUUGCCCCGCCAUUUUGAAAGCAGCAGUACAUUUGCUUACUAACUGGCAGUGGCCAGUAUGUUUUGUAUCAUGCUACUGAUUAUAUAAACUGCAUAUAUAUUGGAAAAUAAAGUAGGUAUGUGUGUACAAUUUUAAACAUUCAUUCAUUUUAAUGAAACCAAUAUUAUCAGACAGGUCUUGUUAAGACUAGUUACGUGAUAUAAGAAUAAUUUUGCUGUGAUACAUGUUUAAAAAGUUAUGAUUGUUUUAACCUGGUCAAAAUGCACUAAUUUAUGGUCAACCUCUUCAAUACAAAGUCAUUGGGGCUCAAGAUUUUAUUCAUGACCUUUUUUGUUAAAAAUGCCAUAACUUUCUUAAUAUGUACCCUAUUUUAAAAAGGUGCCAUCAAGCCCCCCGCAUCCCAAAAUAGAUACAAAUUAAAAUAAGAAUUAAACUGUCUGGGUUGAGAUUGUUUUACUAUAGCCAGAACGAUCAUAAACAAUCAUUUUGUUUACUUGUUUUUGACAGAAGUUAAAUAUGAUUCACCCAAAAAGUUAACAUCCAUAUGGAGUGACUCCAUAUAUGUAAAUACUUUCCAUUUAUAUUAUAGUUCCAUCCAUCCAUCUAUUUUCUACUGCUUUUCCCUUCCGUGUUGUGGGGGGUGCUGGAGCCUAUACCAGCUGCGCUCGGGCGGAAGGCGAGGUACACCCUGGACAAGUCAACACAGAUCGACAGACAACAUUCACACACUCGCGUCAAUUUAGUGUUGCCAAUCAACCUAUCCCCAGUUUGUGAUCCAAAAUUAGUUUUUUCAUUAACAGGAUGGACAAAAAGAAAAUGUCAACAAAAAACAGGUUAAGACAGCGUUUCUCAAAGUGUGGGGCGCGCCCCACUGGUGGGGAAUAGAGACAUGACAGGUGGGGCGCGAGGAACGGGAGGAAAUUUCACUUUCCUUUUUUUUUUUUUUUUAAUUAUAUUCUUAGAUUUUUUUUUUUUACUAUGCUUUCAUUUUCUAUACACACUGUAAAUCCCUUUGUGAUUCUGUCUGUGGAAUCCGCUAUAUAAAUAAAUGUAAAUUACUUAUUUUUCCUGUAGGCUUUACAUUUCUAGGUAGGAGCGAAAGUUUAACAGACAUAGCAACAGUAACUAAUGGGGGCGGGGCUAAGCGGAAGCUUUGUGAAUGGCGAGUCACUGUGCGAGGAUUUGCUGUUUUGCAAAUACAUAAAAAAUAGAGCCACUGCUGAUGAGCUGUUCGAGAUAAUGGACAGUUUCCUCAAAGAACACGACCUUAAAUGGGAAAACUGUGUGGGCUUUUGCUCUGAUGGCGCACAGACCAUGGCAGGGUAAAGAAACGGACUGCAGGCUCUAAUAAAGAGGGUUGCGCCAAAUGCGCAUUGGACACAUUGUGUCAUUCACCGGGAAGCACUCGCGUCAAGGCAACUCAGCCCCGAACUCAAUGAGGUUUUAACAGUGGCAGUGUCAAGCCUGCAACCCCGAUUUGAAAAGCUGUGCAGUGCAAAACAGGCUCAUUGCAGCCACUAAUGCUGGAGUACUGUAAAACUCAUGUUCACUUGCAGGGGCGCCGAAAAGGGGGGGUAAACGAGACGGAUUCUAGGCGCUCAUGAUGGAGGGGGGCCCAGAGAGGCCCCUAAUGAUGAUGAAAUUAUAAUACAGAAAAAAUAAUGACACUAAGUUAUUAACUAACAUAUAAUCACACAUGUUUUAUUUUCCAUGUCCUGGUAACAAUACCUUUAUUUGUUUUGGAAGCAUCAAAACCUGCAGGGCCCUCCCUUCCCCCCCUCUAUUUACGUAAAAUGGUUCAGUCUGACUGGAUCAGCUGCAGGUAGAGCACCGCCUAGGGAUGGGCGAUACCACACUUUUAGGAUUCGAUACGAUACCGAUACUUUUUCUUGCAUUUUCAUCGAUACCGAUACCGAUACCAAUAAUUUCUUAUUGGCAAUUUUUUGUCAGUCAAAAAUAUUGUUACUAUUGUUAUUAUUUAAGACAAAUCACAAGACAAAUACAGACCAUUUAUACCACAUUUAUUAUGGUCAAUAUAUAAUACAAGUAAAAUUAAAAUAAAUAACAUAAAUAUGAAAAAUAAAUUAAAUAUUAUAUAUAAUAAUAACUAUAUAUUAUAUAUAAUAAUAAUUAAAUUUUAGGGCUUUCCAAUUAACAGUCAAAUCCGAAUUGCAAGAAGCUGCAGUUAUUUUUUUAAAGUUUGUGAUAUAAUUAGCAAUUAAUGAAAUAUGAAAUAGGCUAAUGUUUUCGAAAUGUAAGAAAUCAUGUCACAGAUUAAAACCAAAAUCACAUUCAAUCAUAUAUUCAAGAUUUUCUUGGAAAAAAAUAAAACUGUAAUGCAAAGAUGAAGAAUCUCCAAAUUGUAUCUCUUUCUUAUCUUGUUUUAAAUACUCAAGCAAUUUUCAACUAACAGUAAAUUCCCCUGUGUGGAAAUUAUUUGAAUUUAGGAUAAUCAUUUAAACAUCCAUCCAUUUUCUACCGCUUAUUCCCUUCGGGGUCGCGGGGGGCGCUGGAGCCUAUCUCAGCUACAAUCGGGCGGAAGGCGGGGUACACCCUGGACAAGUCGCCACCUCAUCGCAGGGCCAACACAGAUAGACAGACAACAUUCACACACUAGGGCCAAUUUAGUGUUGCCAAUCAACCUAUCCCCAGGUGCAUGUCUUUGGAGGUGGGAGGAAGCCGGAGUACCCGGAGGGAACCCACGCAGUCACGGGGAGAACAUGCAAACUCCACACAAAAAUAUUCAGUAAACAUUACUAAAAAAAAAAAAAACAAUGCCUGUUUUAAGUCAACAAAUGGACAACACUGGAUAUGCCUGGCUGCAUCGCUGUCGGCUGGCUGUGUGUGUGUUGCACGUUGACGACGCUCAUUCGCUGUCUCCUGUCACGUGACUGGGCCAGCUCUAUACUCUGCCAGGUACAGGGGUGUCCCAGCACAUAGUAAGUUAAGUAAGUCAUCAAAAACAUCUGAAAGUGAUGCUUGCACCCCCCACACGCCGUUUUUUGGUUUAUAUCGAUACUUUUUUCAGAAAAGUGAUGCCAAAUGAGUAGCGUGUGAGUAUCGAUAUAUCGAUACCACAGGAUCGAUACGCACAUCCCUACACCGGCCAUUUGUCACAGCGGGCAAAGCGGAAGAGACAGCAGUAUGCCUCAAAAAUCAGGCAGCCAAAAAAGAAAGAAAAAUAAAAAAAGAGAGGAGAAGGAGUUGAAGGGUCGACAAUAUAUCACAAAGGUGGGUUUGUUAGUUGUGGUGGAAAGUUAUCCAUAUUAACUUUGUCCCUGUCUGUGGUAAUAAGCUAGCUCACUUUUCUCACCAUGUUAGCUCAAGAAAACUCUGGAUUUUUGCAUUUUACUGCUAUAUUAGUUAAAUAAUCAAUCCAGUCAAACAUUUAUCAAGCUGUUCUUAUUCAAUACUAGUUGAUCUCCCCUCUGUCAAAAUGAUGCCUCAUUCUGAACAGAGUCAAGUGCACCAGCAGCAGCAGCUGCUGUCUGUCAGCCCCCAAGUCCCCCUGCCCCUGAAUCAGCCCCAGUGCCCCCACAUGAGGAAGGAGGGUGUUUGGCAUUCGUCAGACGGGAGGAUGGUUAUACCGGCAAAAUCUACAGGAGCAGACAUUUUGUCAAUAUAUGAAGCUCCUGUGCAGAUCUUAGAUCUUAGAACAGGAGAUUCUGUUUUAGCAAAGUGGUCAGAUGGUAAAUUGUAUAGGGCAACUGUUGAAUAUAUUUCAGGAAAAGAUCAGACUCAGUCACCAAAAGGCUGCCAAACUCCACAGGAGUCAUUUUUAAAUAUGUUGGAAGCCAAUGAGCCAUCACACUCAACAUCAGGGUCUGACACCAUUACAGUAGAUCAGAACCCACUGUCUGAACAUGGUAGUACCACAGCGCUGAAUCUACCAAGUGAUGGGGAACUUGUAACAGGCAGCAACACUGUUGGACCACCACCACCCUAUGGGUUUACCAAAGAGGGAACCAUCGGUCCAUCACCCUACAGCGGCAGUACAGCCAUACCAUCACCGUAUGGCCUCCACAUCAAUUGUCAAUUUCCCUAUGGGGGCCAUACAUCUAGCCUACCACCGUAUGGCCUCAACAUCAAAGGUCCAUCUCCCUACGAAGACCAUGCAUCUUGCCCAUCACUGCAUGACUUCAACACCGCUGGCCCAUCACCAAAUGUCUACAACACCUCUGGUCCUUCACCCGGCGUACACAAUCCACCUGACAAUAAAAACCCAGCUUUCCUGGCACCGGACAGGAGAGAUGCAGGCAACCCAUCUGUCGAGGACACUAUCUCAUAUCAACCGCAGGCAGAAAAAUCAUGGACGCCAUGUGAUGGAUGUAGGAAGGAGUUCGAAAAAAUCCUGCGAGAAAAGCAACUAAUCGAAGAAGUCCUCUUGAAAAUAGAUCCGGGCCAAGUCAGAGUACACCAAACUCUCUGCGACCUGGAGACAAAUACAGCGAUGGCCCUCCUCAACAAUCGGGCCAGCAGGUGCUCUUUCCUGAGAGCGGCGUAUUCAUAUCAUCGUUCCGCCUUGCUGCCAUGAGUCAUGCUUCAAAGCCCAAUUAAACAAACCUGCAGGAACAGGAAAGCGCAUCCUUGACCGGAAAAAAGUUGAAGGAAUCUUAACGUAUGUCCUGAGAUGCGGUACCCUUCCUGAUUGGGACAAUAUUGAGGAGGCCAAGCUCAAGAAAGCUUUGGUAAACAAAUGUCGGCCCAGAGCAGGUUUUAAGUAGGCCCUUGUACCUGCCAAGUUCAUUCUGGGGUAGGAUGUUUCCUUUGUAAACAUGUUAAUAUUUUGGUCUGGGGUUGCACAGUAAUUAAUUUAAAAAAAAAAAAUUUGCCGUAUGAUGUAGCUUUUAGUACCACGUUAUACUGUGACAAUGCAUAUUGAGCUGUGCUGUGUCUCGCAAAUUUGGCACCGAUGCAACCUCACUAACAAGCUAGCGGCUAAUAGCCCGUCACAGUGCAAAGCUGUUUCCAAAUAAAAAAAUAAUACAACUGGAAAUGACGCAGUAUGUUACUGCUUACAUAAUCAGGUAUAUUAGUAGUAAUAGUAAUUCAGUGUUUGUAUUUGAGUGGGCCCCAGACCCCUCUGUAGUGAAAAAGUUGGUCGGGCCCCGAGGUAAAAAAUGUUAAGUAUCCCUGGUUUUCAAUGUGUGAUUAUUUGUUGUAUGUAGACCAGUUCCAAACAGCCCGGUUACAAUUUUAUAAAUGUAUUUCAGUUUUUGCUUGGAAUAUUUAAAAAAUGGAAAAUGUUGUCAUUUACUCACCCUCUUACUGAGUUGAAGUCAAGUGGUUUUUUUUUAACUACGGUACAUGGUUUGCUCAACAAGGAGUUAAAAAAACUACACCUGACUUUUUCACGUGUGGGGCGGUAUAGCUCGGUUGGUAGAGCGGCCGUGCCAGCAACUUGAGGGUUUCAGGUUCAAUUCCCGCUUCCGCCAUUCUAGUCACUGCCGUUGUGUCCUUGGGCAAGACACUUUACCCACCAGCUCCCAGUGCCACCCACACUGGUUUAAAUGUAACUUAAAUAUUGGGUUUCACUAUGUAAAGCGAUUUGAGUCAUUAGAGAAAAGCGCUAUAUAAAUAUAAUUCACUUCACAACAACAAAGUGAGUAAUUGGGGUUAAAUUAAUUUAUAUUUGUAUUUGUUUUAUUUUUUGUAUAUUGUUUCUAUGUUGUUUUAAUUAUUGUGAAUGUCAAUAUGUACAUUAUGUUUGUAAUAAUUAACUACAUUUAAAUUGUUGUAUUUAAUCUAUUUUUAUAUCUUAUGUUUUGUAUUUUUGUAUAGCCAAAUAAAGUUAUACACCUUUCAAUAUUUGAGUAUUUUUUUUACUGUUAUUUCUAAUUAAGUCAGAUAAUUGAA